AUGUCGUGGAUGUGCCAUGGUGGUGAACCAGUGAGCAGUGGGAGGCGCGGGGCUGGUGUGCCGACGCGGCCGCAAUGGUGGGCCGACAAGCAAGGUGCUGCGAGGCUGGCACACACGAGCGAGGUGUGGCGCUGCACGCCCCCGGCCAUGUAUAGGUGGUGUCCAGCUUGUAAAAGAGAGGGAGCAAGGAGGAAGAAGAGGGCAUUUUGUUCUAAAAAUUCAGAUAAAGGAGUCGAAUGGAUAAUGGGCUCUAGGAAGGAGAAAAUUAGAAAAUUCAUACAGAUGGAAGAAGAAAAUAAUGAUGAAUUGUUUCUUGUCAUUGUUCCUGCAUUACUUGAAUGUCUAAAUGAAGAGAAGAGGCCAGAGCAUACCUCCAAGUAUACUGGUGCUAGGAAGGUGAAGGAAAUUCUGGAGGGGCACGAGAAUUGGUGUAAAUCUGAGUUUCGUAUGGAGACACGAAUAUUUAAGGAGACAUGUAACUAUCUUAGGCGUGAGGGUCUAUUGCGUGACACACGAGGUGUUACCGUUGAGGAGCAGCUAGGGAUGUUUAUGUAUAUGAUUUCACACAAUGCUAGGGGCAACGAUAAACUGAAGAAAGCAUUUCAGCAUAGUGGUGAAACUGUCCACAGGCACAUAAGGGCAGUUUUCAAUAUCAUUCCCACUCUCACCUAUAGAUUUAUGAAGCUUCCUACUUCCAACCAAACUCACCCUAAGAUCGCCAACCUACUUAUAUACCAGAAUCUGAUCAUGUUGAUCUGCCAUAAGGAGAUGAUAAUCAUCAAAAUGAUGUGCAAUCGCUGA